AGUUAAAGCGGCCGUUACUGUGGCCAACACCUCCCCGCCACACUAAUGUGAACGUAAACACGACAAACAACACGGAGCACAGGUUUUAUGCUAUCUUCACUUACCCUACCUAAAAAGCUAGACUUAAACUAAAAAGAUUACAUUUACCACAACUUACUAAUAUCAGUUAGCAUGUCGCUUAGCAAAGAAUGUUAAGUUGCUUAAGUCCGGAGCAACAUUUUCAGCAUUUACAUCCGCUACACAACCAAUACCUCAGAAAGCAUUAAGGAAUACACAAUAUCUCAUAUCAGGUUGAUAGUUCAUCCACGUAAUCUUAAUUCUUUCCACUUCAGAGCCAAACAUUAGCUAUGACGUGAUGUUGUUUUGGGUCCGAUAUGCAGUAUCUCUGCGGCAAACACUCGCCUUACCUUUCUACGGGGCAUUUUCACUGCUUUUCGUGUCUCCACUGGGGUAAUUCUGCUCAGAAAUAAAUCCCCCUUUUUUUUACAUGAACAACAAUGACCAAAAAUCACCAGCUCCUGGUAUGAGCUAUGUCAGCUGAAAAAAAGCGCAUCGAUAUCUCUACACUUCCCUGUCAACACGGCGCAUGCGCAGUGUUCUGGUGGGGUCCGUUGACAAAAUACAUCCGUGAGGAAAAUGCAGUCGCAGUAGUGAUGGGCACGGCAGUUCUUUUAGAUGUACUGAAUCAGUAGAAUCAGUUCACUCUAAAGAUUCGUUGAAAAGAUUCGUUCACCAAAUAACUGAAUCAUUUAGUGGGAGAAGGCUGCGACUCCGACCUACUGAGCUGAUACACUGAUAAACGUUUCAGAAUUCAGUUCAAUUCAUAAGUUCUGGGACCAGGAGACAAGAGUGUUUGGCUGUGUUGCUUUGAUAAACAGGUUUGUAAAAAUGAACUUGUUUAUAAGUCAUGAUGGUUUAAGUGUACUGUCCUAUGGUAUGCUAUUUACCAGGUCUGCUCGGUAAAUUGGGCUCACUGAGUGAUUCUGUCACUGAACAUUUAGAAGACUUCAAACUGAACAUGCUCCGUUCCCUGCUGCAAUGAUAGGAUGCUGCUGGUUUAAUGCCCUACUUGUUACAUGCUGUGUCCUAUUGUACGCAAGUCAUUGUGGUGGCAAUUUAGAAGUGAGAAAAAUAAAAAGGUAGUUUUGUCUGACAAAAAUGAUUCUAGAGAGUGUAGUUCAAUCCAUGAUUUGUUCACCAAGCUAUUCAGGCUUUGGUGCAUGUGGUCCCUCGUUUGCUGCCUCUGGCCUGGCAAUGCUGUUUCUCACGUCGGCUCAACUGAAGUGAGAAACAAACGAAUUACUUGAGGAAUUGAUUCGGUUCAGUACUUCACUGUAAAGAUUCGGUUCUUUUGAACGAAUCGUUCGCAAACGACUCAACACAAAGUCGCAGAAAUCUUUUUUAAUAUUUGAAAAUAUUUCAGAUCAAAAGCUUCAUUUUUUUAUUUCUUUAUUUUGAAAGAAAAAAAAACACUGGAAGUAAAUACAAGCGAAACAUCACAUUGAUGUUUAAUUUCUCCACCUCAAGCAUUUUCUAGCUGCAGUGUAGCUUGUGUGUUUGUGGGGCGGUAUUACGGAGGGACACCAGCAGCUCGUUACGUUUCACGUGAAAGAUCUCUCUCACCCCCUCUUACUUCCGCUCAGUCUUCUCUCCUUUGCAGGUACUGGCCGUUUUCCUCCAUCAAGUUUUCUUACUGAAAGGACACACAGUGAAAAUUGCCCCUCUCUCGUUUUUUAACUACUAUGGCCGGUAGCACAACCAAGACAGUGCAGGAUAUUUUUCAAAGCAUGGAGUACGGACCAGCAGCAGCCUCCAGCACCGCCUCUGCACAGGUGAGUUUUGACUUUCCAACUCUUCAGCCACAGAGGUUCAAGUGCACCAAGGGAUUUAAUAGAGUUUCAAGUUUUUACUCACUUGUCUUGGAUGUCCCCGGUUAAAAUAUGUAAACCAUGCGAAGAUCGUUUACUGAAGCCCACAUGGACAGCAUGUGACUACACUGUACGCUUACUGUUAACUUAGUUAUGAAACAUCAGGUCUGAAGUCAGAUGCUUGGAAAUAGUUUCUUAUUUCAUGAAAAUCUUCCCUAACAGUGUCUGGUAAUUGGAGUCACUUCAGUGUAUUAAUAUUUUAAUACACAUUUGAAACAAAGUGGGUGUUGCUUUUUGUAUUUUAUUGCUAAAAGGAUUCUGUAUUUUACCUCAGCCAUGAGGUAUCAUUGGUUUUAUCAUUGCUUUGUCCAAAAACAAAAUCAAGGUAAUCGUAGGGCAGAGCAAUAAAAACAUUUUUAGUUUGCUCUGAGUCCAUUUGCUGUCAGAUUUCGAAAGAAGACCAGCAUUGUACUUUGGUCUCCUUUCUGUAAAUAGUUGACACAGUUCAUCGGGCCUACAUGUCAUUGUCAGUCCUGCAGAAGUGGGCUCUCCCUGACCAAUUCAAAGUCAGCAAAUGUUUGAGUUUCUGUCACUUAAAGUGUCAGUGAGGCACAAACCUAUUCUUUGUUGUUUAGGGUAACAAGCUUGCUACCAAGUGUAUGGAGUUGAAAGCAUGAUGACCAGUUAUGUUUCAUUUUGUAACUUUCACAUUUAGUUUAUGAGGUGGAUGGUUGUAUGAAAUAUAUUAAAAUUCAACUUUAUUUGUAUGGCACUUUUCAGACAAAAAAUGUAGCUCAAAGUGCCUCACAGAGGCUAAAAACAACAUUUAAACAACAAUAAAACAUGACCCUCCCUCCCACACACCCACCCAUGGACCCACACAGACGCACACCCACCCUUGCUCACCCACACAUACACACACACACACAUGCACACACAGAGUGAGAAUAUAGGGUAUAUUGUUAAAGAGACAUGGCCUGGCACCAAGACAUUGUGUGAGGAAAGAGCUACCUUUAGGAAACGCUAGAGAUAAAAGAUAAAAAAAUUAAAUUAAAAAAUAAUAAAUAAAGUUUAAUAAAUGGAAAAAAAGAAAGACGAAAACCUGAUGGACUAAUAAAAUAAAAUAAAAUAAAAUGAACAAAUAAGAAAGAGCUCUUUACCAUAUAAAAUGGGUAAAAGAAGUAAAAACCUCAAAGGCUGGAGUUAAGGAAAAGACUAUGAACAGAGAUAAUUAAUAAGAGUACAUAAAAAAAACAUCAAGAACUGCAAUCAAAAUGAACAUUUGCAAGAGAAAAAAUUAUAAAAAUGCAAUUAGUGAAAAGCCUGGUUGAAAAGGUGAGUCUUGAGCCUCUUCUUAAAAACAUCAGCUGUCUCUGUGGCCCUGAGGCUCUCCGGCAGGCUGUUCCACAACCGGAGACAAUAGAAACUUGAAGCCGCCUCCCUGUGUGUUUUUGUUUUAACUUUGGGUAAGGUUAAAAGACCUGUGCCGGAGGACUUCAGGGUCCACAAAGGUUGGUAUGAUUAAAGUAAGUCAGAUAGAUAAGAGGGGCCAAGACCAUUAAUACAUCUAAAAACUAAUAAAAGAAUCUUAAAAUCAAUUCCUGAAACGAACAGGGGAGCCAAUGCAGCGAUGCUAAAACUGGCGUUAUAUGCGCUCGUCCUCUGGUCCUCAUCAGCACUCUUGCAUAUUGCAAAAUUACUAUCUUUGGUUGAUUUUUGGAUGUUACCAAAAAAACAAAAAUAGCAAAAAGAAAGGCCUCUCUGAAAGGGACUUCAUUUAUGAUGCAUGUGGAGCUGUUUUUAAUAUCUACAAAUUGAUAACUGAUCACUGCCUGUAUGACAAGAGCUAAGACAAAGUAGAGAAAGUUUUGGUUACUAUCUUUAAGACUUCCUCCUUUUUGACCAUCACUCCCUGCUCCCUCAGGCUUGGCUGGAUCAUCAUUCCCGUUCUCUGGGUCUGUUCAUCGAUGGCAAGUUCAUCCAUCCAGCAGGGAGACAAAGUCGUUCCCUGACUGAUUCGAAAGGUAAGAGCAGCUUGAAUUUAACGUUUAUAAAAAAACCCGGCACAGAUAACACUUAUCACCUUCAUCGUCGGCUUUCAAAAGAGGAGACUUACAUCUUCUUUCCCUCCAGGUGCAAAUGUGUGCAGCACAGUGUGCGUUGUGGACGAUGAUGUCUCUCAGUGUGCUUCCUCUUCUGUUGGCGGCUUCAAGACUUGGAGUGGACUGACUUGCUACCAGAGAGCCAAAUUGCUGCUCAAGUACGACAAAUUCACUUUUACUCAUUUUCAGCACUUCACUAGCAGUUACUCAUUUGUCUCUCCUGUGUGCUGUUAACAGGAUGGUCGGCACUCUGGGGCAGCAUGGUCAGUGUUGGUCAGAGCUGUGUGAAGCGUGUGGGGCUUCCUGCUCACCCUCCAACCUUGUCAGACUGCUGCAGUACUACAGCAGCUGGGCUCAACUCAGAGACACGCUCAUCACCAACUGGACUCCUCUCGGUGAGGUCAUGAUAAGAUGGUUGAAGAAAAAGCUUUUGAUUCAGUUUCUUCUUCUUUAAUACGUUGUUUGAGUGAAUUAAUUUUUUUUCUUGUUUUCUAGGUGUGGUGGCCGUAGUUGCCUCUGAUGACUGCUUUCUUUAUGCCCUUAUGCUCAAAGUCCUACCAGCACUGGCCAUGGGUAACUUAGACUGCGAAUAAACACUUAUCGAUUUAAAAGAAGUUUUAAAAAAGCUCUCUCAAGUAGAAUUCAAGCUGAGAAUUCAUAGGAAUCGUGAGUUGUAAUUAAAACUUUUUAUCUUCCAGGCAACUCCGUCAUCGUCGUCCCUGGUCAGAGCACAGCCCCUCCAAUGCUGCUGCUUGCACAGCUUUUUACAGCCGCUGGACUUCCUGCUGGGGCUCUUAACGUUGUAACAGGAGGAGAUGUAACAUUUGGUGCUAAAGUGGCCCAGAACCCCAGCAUCAAUCACAUCACCUACAGCGGCAACAAGCAGGUGAAAGUCACAUCUCAGAACCCCCCAUCCUUUCAUCUUUCAAAGAGCUUUUUUCAUUUGUUUGUCUUCUCUUUCAGGAUGGGGUGACACUGAGUAAGGCCACAGCUGGAAUGGGUGUCCUGGUCUCCUUUUCUCCUUUUAUUGGUGCUACAUGUCCCUUUAUCAUCUUCGAGUCCGCUGACAUUGACAGCGCAGUGGAUGGAGUGAUCGAAACAGCCUUUAAGAAGAAGAAAGAGGUGAUGAGCACAGAUUAGUAUCCACAGCAGGACAAUAGUGGGUCUCGCAUAACCCUUUUUAGACCACCACAUGUUCUCAAUAGUCCUCUUCUCUCCUUCAGGUCCACUGGGUUCUGUGUGUGCAGGAGAGUGUGCUGGACAGUGUUGUGGCCCGUCUCAGGCUGCGUAUGUCAGGGCUGAAGUGUGUGGGCCUGAACAGUGAUGAAGAAAGGGUGCAAGUGGAUGCUGUAGUACAAGAAGCUCAGCAGCAGGGAGCCACGGUUGGUCAAAAACAAAAAGAAAGAAAUUCAAGAUGCAGUGGCUUUUAAAAUGAAUGACUGAGCCAGAUAACUAGCUUGAAAACUGAAAUGAAUAAAUAGUCAAAUUAGUGUCGAGAUAAGAAAGUUCCAGACCAAGAAGACCUGUUAAUUUUCUCUCUUUGCUCCCCAGUUGGUUCAGCCCUGUGUGGCCCCAUCAUCAGGUGCUCAGUACCCCCCUACAGUGCUUUGCGGGGUGGCCCCUUCCUCUCCGUCUGUUGUCAAUCUCUCCAGUGGACCUCUGCUGCCUCUCAUGACUUUUAGAAGCAACACAGAAGCAGUGACUUUGGGUAAGGAGGCCUCUGUGGAUGCAGAAGUGUGACUGAAGAUGAAUGUAUGUGCCUUGAUUUGAUGAACGGGAUUUGCAUGUGAAGCUGGGAAGAUAUUUCUAUUUAAACAACUGGAUUAAAUAUUAAGUCAAUUUUCCGAUACAGGUAAUCAUAGUCCUGAUGGGAGGGCAGCCUCUAUCUGGACUGAAGACCUCACGCUAGCUCUUGAGACUGCUAAAAGGUACGCAUAGUCAUAUCUUACGCAAAGCCUAUACUUACAGUUAUCCAUACGUUGCAAGAAUCUGUUAAUAUUCUUUGACAAUAAAACUCUGCAAAUGGUCAAUGUGGAAAAGAAAAAAUUAUACAUUUCAAAAUGAGUGUUGUGUUCAUUCAUUUAUACUCCUCUUGACUGAUGUUUUCAUCUUCCUCUUUCCUCAGUCUGGCAGUCGGCUCAGUUUGGGUGAAUUCCCACUCUGUAUCUGACCCCUGUCUGCCCGUGUCCGGCCACAAAGACAGCGGUACCUGCACUGAUGGAGGACGGGAAGUAGGUUACAGUAGUUCAUACACAUUGACAAUACUUGAGAGUAUCAUACCACACAUUCUCACAUUCUCAGUAGAAAGGAAAUGACUGAUAAUUAGGUCAGUACUUAAACAUGGCAGCAUUAUCCAUCAUCUACAUAUUAAUGUCCUUGUUGCUCACCUUGUUAUGUCAUUGAAAUGGGCAGUACGCCUGGCACUGUAGCGAUCAAACACGGGAGAUAUCCAUUUAACUCCUACUCAGAUGAGUUCUCUGCUCCUUGCCAGGGUCUCUACCAGUUUCUACGCCCGUGCUCUUCCUCUUCUCCUCUACCUCGCUCCUCCCCUGUAUCUAUGGACUAUUCCAAGUUUGGAACAGCAACAUCUCCAGCUGUUAUUCCUGAUGAUCUGGAUGCUGCCAGGUGGGUUAAAAAGCUCUCCUCACUUUGAGUCAUGUUUGCUGAUUAUCAGCUAAUCAAAGUAUUUUUUUUCUAUAUUUGAUUGACAGCAUCGUACAUAACAAGUCAUGCAGGCCUAACAAGAUUAUUCUCAUGUCACAUGCAUCAUUAUUUCCUUCCUCCUUAGCGCUCCAAAGCCUUACCUACAGUUUAUUGGCGGUAAAGCGUGUAAAUCAGUGUCUGGCUGCAGUGUAGCUGUUCAGUCACCAGAGGGCGGCAGCGUGUUGGCGUAUUGUCCAGAGGGAGGCCGAAAAGACGUCCGUAAUGCUGUGGAGGCUGCAGUCAAAGUCCACUCUGGGUAAGAGUGAUGCAACACAAACAAACACAUACAAAAACAAAUGCUUGGUGUAUUUUUAUCAUCAUGAUUUGUGUUUUUACAAUUGAAAACCCUCAAAAGAAAAAAUUGGAAUCCAGAAUUAGCGAUCGUGAUAUAACAUCAUAGCUAACGAUACAAUAACAAUAUAAAGGAACUAGUUAUGACGAUAAUAAAAAAUAUGUUUUUAAUAAAUUUUGUGCAGCUGUUAACUAUUUUUUAGUAAAGCAGUUAUUAAGUAACUUGGUAGUAAAUAAGUAACAGAUGUUGUGAUUGUGAUUCAGACUUUUGAAAAAAGCAUUAAGCUGCUGUAAUGAGCAGUUUUUGGGACCUGUGCUUUACUCAGCAGCUGUCCUCUGAGCAUGUAAUUACAUGCAUCUUCAGCCCAUGACCACAUCUCCACACCUGUGCAAGGCAUCAGUCAUUUUCACAGACUAUAAUCUGACCUGUUAAACAUGGUUUUAUCUUAGCUGUAUUUGAAAACUAUAAAGUACAAAACUGUUUAUUGGGAAAAGGAUGAAACCUAAAUAUCAAUGUCAAUAUUUGGUCAUUCAGUUUGGAGUUGCAUGAGGUAAGAGCCAGUUUGGACAUAAUGCCAGAGUACACACCGGACAAGUCACGAGUCAAUCACAGGGCUUUUGGUGACCACAUGAUAGAAAAUGUCCUUGCAAAGGUUUAUUCACCCCAACAUUCCCAAGUUGAUCUUCAACCUGUGGGCACACUGGUCUUGUAAUGAGCAUUUUGACUCUCCAUAACACUGAACAUAAAACCUGUGUCCUCUGUAAAUUCUAAUCAUAAAGUAAUACCUCACAGGAGGAAAAAUGGCCUCUAUAAAAGACAGAUGUUCAGACUUGACACUCUAAAUCCAGAACACAUAUUAAGUUGUUUCACAACCUGUUGUGGCUGUGUGCGUUUAUUGUCAGUCAAAGUUCAACUUGACUAUCAGAGCUCAUAAAAAAACAGUCUGCUGAGUCAUGCACACUAAACAAACAGGGUAAUCUAAAGGAACUUGAAAUUCAAUAAACACAUAGCCUAUCUCUCUAAUAUGAAAACUUAAAGGUACAGUGCACCAUCAUUGGAGUGUUUGUAUGUUUUUGUUGACAAGUAUAUCUGUGUGUGUGUUCAGUCCCGUUCUUGUGCAAAUGAAAUAUCCUUUCACAUCCUUUCCCCUUUUUUAGUUGGAUGAAAAAGAGUCCAGCCGCACGCGCUCAGUCGCUCCACUCUCUAGCUAAAGGCCUGGAGGCGAAGAGGCGGGACAUCGCUAACUUAGUCCAUGUCCAGACUGGUCUCUCAGUGGACGAGGCAGAGAAGGAAGUGGAGCUAAGCAUCAACAAACUCAGUGAUUGGGCGGCUUACUGCGAUAAAAUCCAAGGAGGUGCUCUGGUGAGGCAAUUCACAUGUAGCACAAAUUGAAUGUAAGAAUAUAAUUAACAUAAUAUAAUUGAAUUUUCUGAAACUUAUUUUGCAUCUUGCCUUGUUCUGGUACCCUCAGCCGAUGCCACAGUCCGGCUCUGCUCUCUCUUAUGCUGAAGCCCUGGGAGUGGUUGGGGUUGUCCUUCCUGACAAGAAUCCCCUCCUCUCUAUGGUAACAGUUCUUGGGGCAACCAUUGCCACUGGAAACGCUGUUAUUCUGGUCCCCAGUCAGAGGUUUCCACUCCCUGCCUUGGCAUUCAUUCAGGUCAGUUUUAAAAAGUUAAAGUUACUCAAGAUGGCCAAGGUUAGAUGGAAAAGUUACUGUUUUAGUGAAAUUAGGUGAUCGAGUUUAGUUUAAUUUUAUGUUAUUUUAGUUUUAUUUGCACACAUCUUUUUUUUACAUUCAGGAUUUGAUUUAUUUAGUAGGGUUGAGGUAAUGGGGUAGAUGUUAAUUCGCCUAAGAAGCAGUAGAAUGGGCAGCAGUGAUCAGGAUUUAGCCCGGGUGAUGCUCCAGACACUUUCAAAGCCAAAAUGAAGAAUGGGAGAAAAUGUUAUUCAAGCUGUUUAUGCUGGAGAAAGCGGAAAUGUUCAGGAGAAAAGUAAGAAAGAGGUUUUCAGAUGAACAACAGUGUUCCUCCUUCUCUUCCUCCUUUCCAGGUGCUCCAAGCUUCAGACCUGCCGGCAGGUUUGGUAAAUGUCAUAACUGGAAAUCGAGACCAACUGACAGUAGCUUUGGCCAAUCACAGCGUCCUAAAGGCCAUCUGGUACUGGGGCAGCAUGGAGGUGAGGUCCUAAAACUAACAAAGACCUGAUAGCAGGGUUUUCUUAAGUCCUUGCUCUUUACACUAUAAACAACUUAAAGAAACACUGAGCUCAUAUGACAAUGUUUACGCUUAAUUUCUGAUUUUCUGCUCCAGGGCUGUCAGUACCUCCAGUACACCUGCACCAGCCCCCUGAAAACCUUGUGCCUCUUCAGCCAAAAUGUUGAAGAUGAAGAUGGAGGAAAGGAAUGGUGUCAUCCUGUAGUCAUGGAGGAUAUGUGGAGAAAUGCUGUCCAGUGGAAAAGUGUCUGGAUUCCUACAGCCUAAGAAGACAGAAGGAGGGAAUCUUCACAAACAUGAAGAUAGUUGUAUUAUUGGCUUUAACAGUGAAGCCGUGACCUGUCGGAUACAUUUUAAAAGAAAUAAGACAAUGGUAGAACUGCCUUAAACUAACACAUCACCACCCUCCUUAAUUACUACUGCUACACUGUUGAGCUAACAGCACUUAACAAAGCCAUGACUUCACUUUAGUAGCACUGUGUUCAAGCUUUCAUUUAGCAGGGAAAUAGUACAGUGCAGGUGUGCACUUUUUUGUAAAUUUGUAAGGCAAUGUUUAAUUUAGUUAACCCAGCACGCUAUCGAUUAGUCUUGAGAUGCAAAACGUUUUUGUUUUUUUUCAUCAGGGUUAUUGGGCGAAGAGUUCCUGUAUGUGGGUUCUAAGUGUUAUUCUCCUGUAAAUUGUUGGCAGUUGUCCCUCAAUGCUGUGACCAAUCCUUUGAACCAGUUAUUAACCAUUCCUAACAAACUCUAAAAAAAGAGGACUAUCUUCAACUAAAUCAAAGAAAAUGAGCUAGCAUAACUGUUACAGCCUUGGAAAUGUAAAAAAUAAAAUACAGCUGUACAAUUUACACACAUAUUUGAUCACAUUUAAUGCUAUUGACAUUUGCUAUAUUUGAUAGCAUUUACAGGGUCUCAUUAUCCUGAAGCCCCAUUCAUAGACAAGCAUGCGACCUUAAAACCAAUUAAGACUUUCUUUUGACUUUAAAACCAAGAUAAAUAAACCGAAUAAAUAAUUUGAGGCUCUCUACAAAAGGAUUAGAGUGCUUUUAGAAAUCAAAAGAAGAAGAAAAUACCUUCAUUGGUUUAACCAGGAUCAGGAUUAUUCCACUUUCACAGAGAGUGAUGAGAGAGUAUGAGCGAGGAAACCAAAAGAUGCAGUAAUAGAGAAAACAAACAAGAAUAUACAACAAUUUUGUGGCAAGACAAACUCAUGUUCUCAGGAACAUAAAAAGAAACAAAGAAAAGGAAUGAGAUUUGACAUUUUUUAAUCAAACUUAAAUAGGACUGCUUUUGAGUGUAUUAGGUUUUGCAAGUACUGGGACCAAUGCAUAAAUGGUUAACAUCCACAAGAGGGAAGUUUUCAAUAUAAAUAUAUAUUUUUAACUAACAUUUUCUAUUGAUCAUGCUGUGUUUUCUCUUCAAUCCUAAGCACGACCUUCUACCUCUAUCAAGCUCUUUUUCUCGACUUAAAGUUUUGUCUUUCCGGGCAGAUUUGCAUCAGCAGAGCCUGAAUCAAAAAGUACUCUUGAUGCUUCUGUGAACAGCUUGGACGUCGUCUGCCUUUGAGUUCUGUCUGUGAUCGAACAGAAGUUGAUCAAUCGUGUGUUUACUCAAUCUCAACACAUGUAUGUUCUGUACUUUGUGUCCCAGGUAAAGACGCGUUGGCUCCUCACUGUUAAAUAAAAAAAAAAAUAGGAAUAAAACUAUGUAUACAGUUGAA